ACGUGGGGUGCAAAACGGGUCCCCUUCAUCGCGGCUUGCUUCCGGCGUCAUGGCUCAAAGGGCCUUUCCGAAUCCUUAUGCCGAUUAUAACAAAUCCCUGGCCGAAGGCUACUUUGAUUCGGAAGGGAGGCUGACUCCUGAGUUCUCACAACGCUUGAGCAAUAAGAUUCGAGAGCUUCUUCAGCAAAUGGAAAGAGGCCUGAAGUCUGCAGACCCUCGGGAUAGCACUGCUUACACCGGUUGGGCAGGCAUUGCUGUGCUUUACUUACAUCUCUAUGAUGUGUUCGGGGAUCCUGCCUACCUACAGAAGGCGCAUGGCUAUGUAAAGCAAAGUCUGAACUACUUGUCCAAGCGUUCCAUCACCUUCCUUUGUGGGGAUGCAGGCCCCCUGGCAGUGUCUGCUGUGGUAUAUCACAAAAUGAACAAUGAGAGGCAGGCAGAAGAUUGCAUCACCCGACUGAUGCACCUAAAAAAGAUUGAUCCCCAUGCUCCAAAUGAAAUGCUGUAUGGACGGAUGGGCUACAUCUAUGCUCUGCUAUAUGUGAAUAAGAACUUUGGGGAGGAAAAGAUCCCUCAACACCAUAUUCAGGAGAUUUGUGAAACUGUCUUAACUUCUGGAGAAAAUCUAGCUAGAAAAAGAAACUUCACAUCAAAGACUCCACUGAUGUAUGAGUGGUAUCAAGAAUACUAUGUAGGUGCUGCUCAUGGCCUAGCAGGAAUUUAUUACUUCUUGAUGCAGCCCAGUCUUCAUGUAAGCUCUAUGAAGUUACAUAGUUUGGUCAAGCCCAGUAUAGACUAUGUUUGCCAGCUGAAGUUUCCUUCUGGAAAUUAUCCUCCUUGUGUGGAUGAUACUCGAGAUCUGCUAGUCCACUGGUGCCACGGUUCCCCUGGGGUAAUCUACAUGCUCAUCCAGGCCUAUAAGGUGUUCAAAGAAGAACAGUAUCUCAAUGACGCCUAUCAGUCUGCUGAUGUGAUCUGGCAGUACGGUUUGCUGAGGAAGGGGUAUGGACUGUGCCACGGCGCUGCGGGGAAUGCCUACGCCUUUCUGGCACUGUACAACCUCACACGUGAUAUGAAGUACCUGUACAGGGCCUGUAAGUUUGCUGAGUGGUGCCUCGAUUAUGGAGAACAUGGAUGCAGAACACCAGAUACCCCUUUCUCCCUCUUUGAAGGAAUGGCUGGAACAAUAUAUUUCCUGGCUGACCUCCUAGUACCCACAAAAGCCAAGUUCCCUGCAUUUGAACUCUGAAAGGAAAGGCUACCCCCUGCAUCUCAUUGCAUGACCCUUUCUGUGUAUCAAACCUGGACUAAUGCUGUCCUUGCUUUUUAAAAAACCAGAGGCAAACUGUGUACUUGAUUUUUUUUCAGAAUUCAUCUUUAGUUCAGUUCCUUCAACAUUUACCUUUACUUUAAAUAUCCAAGGAAAUCUCUUAUCUUAACAUUGGCUUCUUCCUAUAGAAAGGGUUGGUGAUAUGUACAGAAUUUGGAGGGCAUAUGUAGAUUUAGAUAAAAAAGUACUUUAGAACUUGGAGGAAAUAUUUUUCUUAUUUAAGUUUAUGAAUAUAAUUGUCUUAAUAUUGCUCUUCAAAUGUUCAGAAAAAAACUAAAU